GGAGAAGUUCCAAACCCGUCCAGAACUCAGGACCAACAUAGACCUAAAAGACAUCACUGAGAAAUUUAAAGGGUCUUUGAAGGGCAAGCCACCUUACAAGCCGGCCCCACCAAAGAGGAUUUUCUCAAAACAAAUUUCUUUUGAAGCUUUCUGUGAUGUCUGCACUGAUGCCGUAAUGGCGGCCAAGUCGUGCCUCGUCUGCCAGGUGUCUUACUGUGUAGUCCACCUGACGCCUCAUCUAAGGGAUCCAAUUUUGACGAAGCACAGACUGACAGAUCCGGCCACCUUUGCCACUAGUCACCUCUGCAGAAGUCACAACAAGCUCCUGGAUAUGUUUUGCAAAAGGGAACAGAAACCUGUCUGUAUGCAAUGCAGAGAGAGCAACCACAGACACCAUCAGAUCGUCCCGCUUGAGAAGGAGAGCAAGAGAAUCAAGACUCAGUUGAAGAUGGUCGAAGCUGAGUAUCAGCAGAUGGUCAAAGACAGACUCAAAAAGCUUGCAGAGAUCAAGACCUCGGGGGAGCUGAGCAAAACAAAUAAUGAACAAGAGAUACAAACAAGCAUUGAAGUCGCCACCACGGUGAUAAGCAUCAUUGAGAAAAACCAGGCUUCGCUCAUUGAGGAGAUCGAGCAGAAGCAGUCGGCGGCUGAGAGGGAGGAGGAAGAGCUUGUCAAUGAGCUCAGGCGGGAAAUCAAUGAAUUGCAGGGGAGACAAAGUGAGCUGCAACACCUGGAGCAAACCGAUGACCCUCUUCAUCUCCUGCAGAGUUUCCCCUCUCUGAUUACUCCACUGUUCACCAAGGACUGGUCCCAGGUCAGUGUCCAGUCGGACGGCUGCGUAGGGACAGUGAGGAGAGCAUUCUCCAAGCUGGUGGACGUGUGCCAGCAACUUGAAAAGAAACUGUCUGCAGACGAAAUUAGGAAGGCAACUCGGUAUGCAGUGGAUGUGACUCUGGAUCCAGUGACUGCCUCGGGUUGGCUGUGUCUGUCCCCAGAUGGGAAACAGGUGAGCCUCAGCCUCCAGCAGAAGAAACCUCCCCCCCCUGACGACCCCCUCAGGUUUGACUCCUGCGUCUCCGUCUUGGGGAAACAAAGCUUCACCUCUGGGAAAAGUUACUGGGUGGUUCAGGUUGGAGAUAAAACAGACUGGGAUCUCGGCGUGGCCAAGGAGUCUAUCAACAGGAAGGGGUCCAUCACAGUGCGUCCUGACAGCGGUUACUGGGCGAUCUGCCGGCGAAAAGGCGGCAGCCUCAGCGCCUGCGCCGGCCCCUCCGUCACACUCCACCUCCAGGAUCCUCCCCAGAAAGUCGGCGUCUUCCUGGACUACAACGAAGGAAUGGUGUCCUUCUACGACGCAGAAGCAAAUACUCACAUUUACACUUACAGCGGGUGCAACUUCACUGAGCCCCUAUACCCGUAUUUAAACCCCUGUCUCCAUGACAACGGGAAGAACACCGCUCCGCUGAUUGUCUGUCCUGUUGAGGUUGGGCUCGCUGAGGAGAUCGACAGAUUUUGA